CAGCCGCUCCUGAAACAAGAGCGCCCGUUGCGUCCAACGCAAUGAGACCGCACACCAUUGAAGCUGAAGCUUCCGGCGGCGGCGCUGAUGUUGAGGAGGCGGUUGAGCCCAGCACGCUCCGCCACCGCCAGAAAUCCGCCAAGGAAAGCUCCUCCCAUGCGGUGGCCGGGGAGGAGGAUGAUGCGCUGGGGUCGGUGGAGCAGGCGUUCGCGGGCCAAGCCGUGCCGACGUGGCGGGAGCAGCUGACGUUUCGCGCCUUCGUGGUCAGCUUCUUCCUCGCCAUCAUGUUCAGCGUCAUCGUCAUGAAGCUCAACCUCACCACCGGCAUCAUCCCCUCGCUCAACGUCUCCGCCGGCCUCCUCGGCUUCUUCUUCGUCCGCCUCUGGACGGGCGCCAUCGAGAGGGCAGGGUUCCUCAGGCAGCCGUUCACGAGGCAGGAGAACACCGUCAUCCAGACCUGCGUCGUCUCUGCAUACGGCAUCGCCUUCAGCGGUGGAUUUGGCAGUUACUUGUUCGGCAUGAGUGAAGUUAUCGCUAAGAUAGACGCAGAAACUAACACUCCUGACAAUGUCAAGGAUCCUCAGAUCGGGUGGAUGAUUGGAUUUCUGUUUCUCGUCAGUUUUGUUGGGCUGUUUGCUCUUGUACCCCUCAGAAAGAUUAUGAUCAUCGACUACAGGCUGACCUAUCCAAGUGGCACUGCGACCGCCUAUCUUAUCAAUGGUUUCCACACGCCAGAGGGUGCAAGGCUUGCAAAGAAGCAGGUAAAGACACUGGGCAGGUUCUUUUCGUUCAGCUUCCUUUGGGGAUUCUUUCAGUGGUUCUAUACUGCUGGAGAUCAUUGUGGAUUUGGUAGCUUCCCUACAUUAGGCCUUCAAGCCUAUAAGAACAGGUUUUACUUCGAUUUCUCUCCUACCUAUGUUGGAGUUGGUAUGAUCUGCCCGCACAUUGUGAACGUAUCUGUUCUACUUGGAGGCAUCCUCUCAUGGGGAUUAAUGUGGCCCCUGAUACACAACAAGAGAGGGAGUUGGUUCAGUGCUGACCUAGGAGACGGUAAUCUCCAAGGUCUCCAAGGUUACCGGGUGUUCAUAUCCAUCGCCUUGAUCCUUGGGGACGGCCUGUACAACUUCGUCAGGGUUCUCUACCGCACAAUUUCUGCCUUCCUAACGAUGGUGAGGAAGCAUAACACCAUUCCGGUCUUCGACGAGGUCAGCGCCGCGCCAACCGGCGAAGGCCUCUCAUUCGACGAGGAACGCCGCAUGAAACUCUUCCUGAAGGACCAAAUCCCCAAGCCCAUCGCGUACGCGGGAUACGCCGCCGUCGCCGCGGUGUCGAUCGGCACCCUGCCCCAGAUCUUCCCGGAGCUCAAGUGGUACUACAUCCUGCUCGUCUACGUCUUCGCGCCCGUGCUGGCGUUCUGCAACGCCUACGGUUCGGGCCUCACCGACUGGUCCCUCGCCUCCACCUACGGCAAGCUCGCCAUCUUCAUCUUCGGCGCGUGGGCCGGCGCCUCGCACGGCGGCGUGCUCGUCGGGCUCGCCGCCUGCGGUGUCAUGAUGAGCAUCGUGGCCACGGCCUCCGACCUGAUGCAGGACUUCAAGACGGGGUACCUGACGCUGGCGUCGCCGAGGUCCAUGUUCAUCAGCCAGGUGAUUGGCACCGCCAUGGGCUGCGUCAUCGCGCCCUGCGUCUUCUGGCUCUUCUACAAGUCCUUCGAUGUCGGAAAGGACGGCAGCGAGUACCCGGCGCCGUACGCCACCGUGUACCGGAACAUGGCCAUACUGGGCGUCGAGGGCUUCUCCAAGCUCCCCAAGCACUGCCUCACGCUCUGCUACGUGUUCUUCGCGGCGGCGAUCACGAUCAACCUGAUCAAGGACAACGUGCCGAUCAAGAUCGCGAAAUACAUCCCUCUCCCGAUGGCCAUGGCGAUACCGUUCUACAUCGGGCCCUACUUCGCGAUCGACAUGUUCGUCGGCACCGUGAUCAUCUUCGUGUGGAGCAUGGUGAACAAGCCCGAAGCGGAGGCGUUCGGGCCUGCGGUGGCCUCGGGGUUGAUCUGUGGCGACGGCAUUUGGUCGUUGCCGCAGUCGAUCCUUGCUCUUGCCAAGGUGAAGCCGCCGAUUUGCAUGAAGUUCCUAUCGAGAACCGUGAAUGCCAGAGUGGAUACCUUCCUAGGAAAUUAGCCGUGUUCAGCCAGGAAUCUGGCGGCAAAAGAAAAGGUAUUACUGGCUAGUUUGAACCCGUAUAUACAUAUACUGUAUCAUCACCCUCCUACAAUCACGAGUGUGUAUUAGGCUGCUACGCAUGGUGCUGUACUAAUGUACCAAAGCUUGUGCUGGGUAAUUAGUAGUACAUGGUAUAUAUGUAUGCUAGCAGGAAUGCCAAAACUGUGUCGCAAACUCGCAAAACAUCCUUCAAACAUUAGGCUGAUACGCAUGGUGCUGUAGUAAUGUAGGAGUACCAAA